AUGGUCGAGACUCGAGGCAAUCGGCCAUCUUUCGAUGCCACAUCUGAUCUUCCCUCAUUUCCUGACGAUGAACUGGACCAAAAGCCACCCCUUCUCCUCGAGGAAGAGGAUCAUGGUACCCCGCCUGCCGCUAAAAAGCGUCGGAUGGACGCUGGCCCGGACGACGAACCCACCUUCCAGCAAUCCCUUGACAGUUUAGAUCAACACGGCCCCGGCCACAAGAUUGAAGAAGAACUUGCGACUGCACUCGGUGAAAGUGUCGUGGAUUCACUCGAGCCUACCGAUCACCCGCCGGGUGAUCAAUCUCAAUCCGAUCCAACCGUCACCCAGAAUGACAACCCCAACAUCAACGCUGAUGUCGCGUCCAUCAUAUCCGAAAUAAUGGACCACACGGAGCGUCAAGAUCAGACGGUAGCUAUGGGCACGCAAGAAAUAUCUCCGGUCGGCGAAUUCCCCGGUGCGCGGGGCUUCGCGUUCCUCAAAGCCAAUUCUCAUCUGAAAAUCCAAAGUUUACCCAUCCUGGAUAAUUUGUCAACCCAAAUCCUCUCGUUUCUCUCCAAGAACAGUUACCAGGACCUGACUGCCAUGGUAUCCGAGCCGGAAUCCGAGAACGGCCAAGCAUACGCAACCAUGCGCUCGCUAUUCGAUCAUACCAAGAGGGUUUACACCGUGAAACACUCCUUCCUCCAAACUUCCGAUCUUGAAAUCACCGAAUCAUCCCAAGUGGACAUCAUUCGCAAGGCCAAUUUGGCCUCUUUUGUUUCCAGUAUUUUCGGCUCUCAGGAAAUCGGGUUCUCGGAGUUGAAUGAACACUUCUUAGAUGUGUUUGUGCCAGAAGGUGGCCGGCUGUUGAAGGUCCAAGGGGCUUUAUACCUGGAGCUCAAGACUCAGGCUUUCAUUGCAGCCAUGAACAGCAAGACUCGUACGCGGACACAGCUUCUGUGUGAACUAUUCCCUGAUGACAUGGAACAACGACUACUUGGGAGACGUCCUGGUACGAAGCAAUUGGCUCCCAGCGAAACCGACUUUGUGAAUCGACUGUCCUCCCGCCGUGAUAUUCUUCUUAAUGACAUCAACAACGAGGAUGCACUUAAGGCUUUGCCAGACAAAUACCAUUGGGAACACUUCCUUCGAGAUCUGAGCUCGUACAUCGCCAAAAACUUCGAUCAAAUUAAUUCUCAACAGGGAAAGAAACCCAUCAAAGGGCGCCAACCUUCUAGCUCCAAUGGCGAUGCCCAAGAGUCGCCCAGCACUACCCAUCAAGGGCAGUUCUCUGUGAGCCAACCGGUUGAGGUUCCGGUAGACCGCAACAUGCAUGGCGAUCUCGUUGCCCGUGCUGCUCGUGCGGCGCAGAUUGCGUUACAGGGCCAUGGCCUCCGACGCUCUCAGCAACAAUCUCAGCAACAGAGUCAAUACCAACAAGCUCCCUCUCAAGCUAGCCAAUCUCCUCAACCUCAUGCCCAACCUCAUACCCAGCCGCCGCAACAGCAACAGCAGCAGCAGCAACAACAACCGCAACAACAACAAUCGCAACAACCGCAGCAGUCGCAGCAGCCCACUCAGCCUGAUAACCAAUACCUUCACGGCUAUACUGCUGCGCAGCAGCCCCAACAGCCUGCUCAACAGCAGCAUCAGCAUCAACAUCAACAGCUGCAUCAACAGUCGCAACCGCAGCCGCAACCGCAGUUCCACCAUAGCCCCACCCCUCCUAGUGGAUAUCAUCAACAACAGUCUGGUGGCCUAACCUUUCAACAAAGUCCCCUGCAAGCAAAUUUCCAGCAAUACAAUCCGAAUGCAGCGCAGGCAAUGCAAGCUCGAAACAACGGGAUGUCUUCGCAACAACAGGGUUAUCUUCCAGGUAUACCCCACAUCUCUCAAUCGCAACCGACCCAAGUCCUGUACGAGCGGGCUCGGAUGGCCGCAUCAGCAAAGUCUUCACCUACCAGUCGAAAGUCCGGUCUCCCCAGUCAGCGACGGCCUUGGACUACAGAGGAGGAAAAUGCCCUGAUGGCCGGUCUUGAUCGCGUGAAAGGACCACACUGGAGCCAGAUCCUGGCCAUGUUCGGCCCUGGCGGAACCAUCAGUGAAGCUCUGAAAGACCGUAACCAGGUGCAGCUCAAGGACAAAGCUCGCAAUCUGAAGUUGUUCUUCCUCAAGAGCGGGAUUGAAGUGCCUUACUAUUUGAAAUUUGUCACUGGUGAGCUGAAGACUCGUGCGCCUGCUCAGGCUGCCAAGAGAGAGGCCCGCGAGCGUCAAAAGAAGCAAGGCGAGGAGGAUAAGGCGCAUGUCGAGGGCAUCAAGGGUAUGAUGGCCUUGGCUGGGGCACACCCGUCGCCCGUUCACGGACACGAGAUGUCUGCCUCGCCCAGCCUUCCCCCGGAUGCUAAUAGCCAAUCUGUGUUCGACCAGACCGCCGAACAGAACUUAAUGCAGACGCUUAGUCAAGAGGUGCACGGCAGUCAAUAUCCUCAACACCACGCCGCCACCCCCGACCACAUCGAUCCUCACAUGCAAUUGGGACAAUAA